CUUAAAAGUUCAUAUGAGACUGAUAAACAAUAACUACAGCAAUGAAACACCGUCUUGCUUCUCUUUGUUUCCUGGGAUGUCUUCUACAAGCCCUGGCUCCAUACACUGUCCCAGCAUCAGAGUUUCAGCUGGAAGGAGAUUAUUUGAUAGGUGGACUUUUUGAUAUUCAUCAUGUUAGUGCAAAUGUUUCUCACGACAGGCCAGAAGCCAUCAAGUGCUCCAGUAAACCCUUCAUUUUGUCAAGUUAUCGGAGGUUUCAGCUGAUGAGAUUCUCUGUAGAGGAAAUCAAUAACUCUACCAACCUACUGCCAAAUGUGUCUCUCGGCUAUGAAAUAUUUGACCACUGCUCAGAUACACAGAGUUUUCCUGGAAUUUUGAAAUUCAUCUCAGUCGACGGCUUGAUCCAACCUUGGGAUGAACCACAAAAGAAUCUGUCCAAAGUGAUAGCAGUGGUCGGCACUUACACGAGCACUGCGACACGAACUGUAGCCCCACUGCUCAUGAUGAAUCUUAUUCCCAUGGUCAGUUAUGGAGCUGCUAGUUCUGUCUUUUCAAGAAAACAAAAUUUUCCCUCUUUCCUACGAACAGUCCAUCCCAAUAAAGAUGUCAUAGAAGUGAUUGUUAACAUUGUGCAGCACUUCAACUGGCGCUGGGUCGCUUUCCUUAACAUCGAUGAUGAUUAUGGCAAUGAUGGACUGACUUUGUUCAUAAAGGGGAUUAAAGACACUGAGAUCUGCCUGGCAUACACCAAAAGCCUCAAUUAUUAUACAGAUUAUUCAGCAGUAUUUAACCAGAUCAAGGCACAGAGGAUACGUAUCAUUAUUGUUUUUGCUCCUGAAUGGACUGCUGAAGCUCUCAUUAAGUCGGCAAUACAAUUAAAUAUCACUAACAAGGUGUGGAUAGCAGGAGAUGCAUGGUCCUUAAACAAGAGGCUCCCGAAGGAGAAAGGAAUCAAAAGUAUUGGAACCGUACUUGGGGUUGCUGAGCAAGUUGCGACAAUACCUGGUUUCACUGAUUUUAUCUAUUCUGCCAAAAGCCAGAGUCAUGGUGAAAAUGCAGAACAACAGAAGUUUUGUAACCAGGCUUGCAACUGCAGUAGCCUGAGUGCAGAAGAUGUCAUUGCUGCAGACCCAUCUUUCUCAUUUCCAGUUUAUUCUGCUGUAUAUGCCAUAGCUUAUGCCUUACACAACACCCUGAAAUGUGGAACUGGCAGAUGUAACAGCAACAUUACAGUUCACCCACAUGUGGUUCUAGCAGAGCUGAAGAAGUCCAACUUUACACUUUUAAACCGGACUAUUCAGUUUGAUGAGAACGGUGACCCCAAGUACGGAUCAUACGCUAUAGUUUUCUGGAACCACAGUGGUGAUGCAGAGGAGGUGGGCUUUAAUAAUUUUCGCCCAUCUUUCCAUUUCUUCAUCAACAACAGCAAAAUUCAGUGGUACACAAAUGACACAGUACCUACUUCACUAUGUUCUGAAGAAUGCUCCGCAGGAUAUAAAAAGAAGCAAGAUGGAAUCCACAAAUGUUGCUUCACUUGUGAAAUCUGUCCAAAUGGAACUUAUGUCAACAACACAGAGGAUCCCUACAAGUGCAUCAACUGUAAGAAAACAGAGUGGUCUGCAGUAGGAAGUACAUCAUGUAAACUACGGGUGGUGGAGUACAUCCCAUUCACAGACAGCGGAGCUAUACUGAUCAUGGUUGGGGCCUGGGCUUUGGUGGGACUCACACUAACCACAUCUGUUCUCUUUGCCAUCAACUACAACACACCUGUUGUCAGAUCUGCUGGGGGACCAAUGUGCUUCCUAAUUUUAGGCUGCCUCAGUCUGAGUAGUCUGAGUGUGUUCUUUUACUUUGACAAGCCAACAGUUUCCUUUUGUAUCUUAAGGUUCUUGCCAUUUGUUUUGUUCUACACUGUGUGUCUCACAUGUUUUGUUGUUCGCUCUUUUCAAAUUGUGCAUUUUCAAAAUAGCUGCCAAGUUCCCCGGGCUCCACAGUUGGUGGUUGAAAUAUCACGGCCAGUGGCUGGUCAUCACUGUUGCAUUUGUUACUCAGGCACUAUUACUUGUUAUUGGUUAUUCUUAUGACCCACCCAAGCCCUACAAUGGAACAGUUUGGUACCCAGACAAAAUCAUACUUGGUUGUGACAUUAAUCUUAAAUCAAACUUGACUUCUGUGGUUUUUCUUGUGUCUUUGUGUUCCCUUUGCUUCAUUUUCUCCUACAUGGGA